AUGGAAUCAACCGAUGGUCGAGCUUCAUUGGGGCCCGAGGCGGUGAUCGACCCCCAUGAUCCCGAGGCUUCCCCGGAUCGUCUACGGACCGCUAUCCAGGACCUGACUGAUUCAUUUGAAGACCUGGCUGAUACAAUUCGAGAACUGACUACUCACGGAAGAUCCCAGGAGCUUGAAGCUCAGCGCCUCCUACUGGCCAUGAUUGCUCUCCGUGCGAUGCUGAGACGGGUAGAUGAGGCCGAUGCCCGAAUUGAAGAGAGCUGA